CUUCUCAUGGAAUUUGCAUACACUAACUACCAAACAAAUUACACCCAUCAACGUGUCUUCGAGAAUCACCUCUGUACACCUUUUCCAGCAUUGAAAAGCUUGUUGUAAUGGAGCAAAGCAUCAACUUCUGAUCUAAAUAGUAAAUACCCGGGUGGCGUCAACUCAGCUUUGGUGGGAUAAAGGUGGUGAGAUAUUUAGCGGGACUGAUGCUGAGGGACAACAUCUUUUGUUUAUAUCUCUUAAUAAUCACCCUAAUUAUCUCAUCUCCCCCCUUAAAUAAUUAUGCUAAAACUCGCAAGUGAUCAAAUGGGAUGGUGGCACCAAAUUUCCCACUAACUCUUUCAUAUAUUGAUCUUACAAGUUACAGCCAACGAGCUUUUAAUUGGUCCAGCCCCACUCUGGAUUACAACUGGAGAAUUGAAAGGGAUCUUCCUGCUGAGUUUUCCUGUUUCCUUAAACAUAUGUUGUUUAAUCAUGAUUAGGCAGGCAAAGUAGCGUCAUGAGUCACGACCCCUCCAAAGAUAGAAGAUAAAAGCUUAUCAGUCAGGUUAAGGAUGAUAAGAUUUUACUAGAAAAAUCAAACUCAAUUGCUAUGCUGAUUGUUGGGUUCUGGAUUGUAUGGAGAUAUUAUCUGAGAUCAAAGAGGACCAUAUAUAUCUAUGUGAUUAAGAAGCUGGAAUCCUGCCACAGAAAACGGUCCCCUGAUUCCCACAACAGCAAUUUUACCGUUUCUUUUAUUGCUUUUCUCCUUAUCUUUGAGACACGAAGAAGAUGCUCCUUCAAUAUCUUUUUCUAGUUGGAAUCUUUACAACAUUUCUCUGAACUCAAAAAUGAGCCACCAACGUUUCUGUUCUCUGCAAUCCAUUCGAACGUGAAAGAGAAACAGAAAUCCCUUCACUACUUUUUCUAAUUCCUUCCCCUUCCAUCAUCAAAACCCAUAAAAAAUCUCCGCCAGUUUCUGGUUAAAAAAGCAAAAAAAGGGAAACUUUUCAACUAUAGUUGAGACUAGAGAUGGUGAAUAUGCAUCGUCGUCUGCUCGACACAGAGCUAACCUUGGCACCGGCAAACUGGAACAGAACACAUGAUUCUUACAUUAGCGAAACGAAUUUCGACACAAACAUGGUGAUUAUAUUGGCUGCUUUGCUGUGUGCGUUGAUUGGUGCGCUUGGAUUGAACUCUAUUGUGCGUUGCGCUUUGCGUUGUAGCCGUAGGUUUACUCUUGAGACACCAGGGCAAACUGCAGCUCGUUUGGCCACCACAGGGCUCAAGAAACGCCAUUUGCGCCAGAUUCCAGUUGCGGUUUACGGUACCGGAAUGAAUGUUCCGGCAACGGAGUGCCCAAUUUGCUUAGGGGAGUUUGCUGAUGGAGAAAAAGUUCGAGUGCUUCCUAAAUGCAAUCAUGGGUUCCAUGUGAGGUGCAUAGACACAUGGCUUCUGUCGCACUCCUCCUGCCCCAACUGCCGGCUUUCAUUGCUUGAACACACGUCAGGUGGCUCCGAUGAAGCACGGUCACAGCCAGAGAACGAUAACCGUCGGCAAGGUAAUGCUGUUGUUAUUGAAGGCGCAAGCUGAUAAAUAUUGCAGGGCAGAGAAGUCCCAGAUUAAUUGAGGUUUCCGUUUUAGGAGUUAGCUGUGUAAUGGGAAAAAGAUUGAUAGGCCAAAUUGCAAAUUCAGGAGAGUUUUAUUUUGGAUGAUCAGUUGAAAGAAAGGGAAAUGAGAGGAUCAACCUUAUAAAUUGCCAAAAUAUCACUUGAUUUUGCAUGUGCAGAUUUAAUAAUACAGGAUAGGUUUGCUUCAAAAAAUGUUUAGAACUA